CCGGCAGAGCCCCGUACGCCCAGCAAGAUGCUGUCCUGGCGGCUGCACACGGGCCCCGAGAAGGCCGAGCUGCAGGAGCUCAACGCCCGGCUCUACGACUACGUGUGCCGGGUGCGGGAGCUGGAGCGCGAAAACCUGCUCCUGGAGGAGGAGCUGCGCGGCCGGCGCGGGCAGGAGGGCCUGUGGGCCGAGGGGCAGGCGCGCUUCGCCGAGGAGGCGCGCGGCUUGCGGCAGCAGCUGGACGAGCUGAGCUGGGCCACGGCGCUGGCCGAGGGCGAGCGCGAUGCGCUGAGGCGCGAGCUGUGGGAGCUGCAGCGCCUGGGCGAGGAGGAGCGCGCCGCCCGCGGCCGCCUGGACGCCGAGCUGGGCGCAGAGCGGCGCGAGCUGCAGGAGGCGCUGGGCGCGCGCGCCGCCCUCGAGGCGCUGCUGGGCCGGCUGCAGGCCGAGCGCCGCGGCCUGGAAGCGGCCCACGAGCGAGACGUGCGGGAGCUGCGCGCGCGCGCCGCCCGCCUGACCAAGAGCUACCGCGCCCCCGGCCCCGCCAGGCCCCCGCCGCGUCUGCGGGAGGUGCACGACAGCUACGCGCUGCUGGUGGCCGAGUCGUGGCGGGAGACGGCGCAGCUGUACGAGGACGAGGUGCGCGAGCUGGAGGAGGCGCUGCGGCGCGGCCAGGACAGCCGGCGCGAGGCCGAGGAGGAGACGCGGCUGUGCGCGCAGGAGGUGGAGGCGCUGCGGCGCGAGGCGCUCGAGUUGGAGCAGCUGCGCGCGCUGCUGGAGGAAGAGCUGCGGCGGGUGCAGGAGGAGUACGAGCUGCAGGCGGAGGAACGGCAGAGAGUGAUCGCGUGCCUGGAGGAUGAGAAGGCGGCGCUCACCUUGGCCAUGGCUGACCGGCUGCGGGACUACCAGGAGCUCGUGCAGGUGAAGACCAGCCUCAGCCUGGAGGUGGCCACGUAUCGAGCCUUACUGGAAGGAGAGAGUAAUCCAGAGGUAUUGGUCUUGACUGAGCGCAUUGAAAACGUGCCACAAGAGCUCCGGAGCACAUCCUAUCGCUGCGCCAGCUCGGUGUUACAGAGGGAAAAUGAAAGGAAUCUGUUUGCCAGGCAGAAAGCACCCAUGGCCAGCUUCAGCCACAGCCUGGCGCAGCACCCGCACCUGCCGGCCCAGCCCGUCACUGCAGGUGCUGUCGGAAGAGGCUUCCGAGGCUCAGAAUAUUCUUCCCGCACCACCACCCGGCAGGAAACAACUUAUGAAGAAACUGCCGACUCGUGUGAGAAAACCUCCAAGAGUCAAACCAACUUCAGAACUUUCUCUCCGGCGCACAGUCUUUUAAGAGACCCCGAAGCUCCAGCGCAAACAUUCCCCGAGAGGCCGAGAACCACAGGUACGAAGGACGCCUCCACUCGUGAGGCCCGAGAGUCCGCCGUGGCCCAAAAGUCCUACCGAGAGCAGCGGGACGACGGGCCGGCAGGCGCUUCCAGAAGCACUUGGUCAAGUGAGAGGACCGUCAUUGUGGGAAAGAAGACAGAAGCUAACGGCACGAGGGAGCAAGACAGAAACAGGCCAGAAACCGUCCAGACAAAGCGGGAGGAGAAGGUGUUUGAUUCCAAAGAGAAGGCUUCCGAGGAGAGAAACCUGAGGUGGGAAGAGCUGACGAAGUUAGAUAAAGAAACAAGAAAGAGAGAAAGCCAGCAACUGUGGGAACAGGGGAGAGGGAAGGAGUCGGCGCAGGAGAAAAGCGUGAGAGAGAGAGAGGUGCCCAUCAGUCUAGGGGUCUCCCGGGAGAGCGUGCCACAGGAGGCCCCGAAAGCUUGCCAGACGCCCCUCCAAGAGGACGCCCCAGAUGGUACUGGGAGAGGCGUGGAAACCCGGGAGGCCCGGUUCAGGAUGGGCCCCGGUGACAUUGCCAGCCCGCCGAAGGGCGAGUCCACGACCGAAACCAUAGCAGAAAACAUCGUGUCCAGUAUCCUGAAGCAGUUUACCCAGGCUCCGGGUGCAGAGGCAUCUGCUGAUGCUUUUCCAGACACAAAGGUCACUUACGUGGACAGGAAAGAGCUCGCCGGCGACAGGCAAACAAAGACCGAGAUAGUCGUGGAGUCGAGACUGACGGAGGAGGUCGAUGUUUCAGACAAAGCCGGCCUGGAAUACCUUCUGAGCAAGGACGUGAAGGAGGUGGACCUGAAGGGAAAGUCGGCCGAGCGGAUGAUAGGAGACAUAAUCAACCUUGGUCUGAAAGGAAGAGAGGGGAGGGCAAGGGUCGUCAACGUGGAGAUCAUCGAGGAACCCGUGAGCUACAUCAGUGGUGAGAAGGCAGAGGAGUUUUCUAUCCCGUUCAAAGUAGAGGAGGUGGACGAUGUGUCUCCAGGCUCCAAGGGGCUUGUUGACGAGGGAGAAGGUUAUGGAGGAGAAGAUACCAUGUUCUCAGGGAAUCGGCAUAAGGAGACCAAGUGGCCCCAAGAGGACGUAACCCACGUCGAGGAAGUCACGGAGGCAGGCGACUCGGAAGGAGGAGAGCAGAGUUAUUUUGUGUCGACGCCGGAUGAGCACCCCGGGGGGCAGGAUAGAGACGAGGGCUCGGUGUAUGGGCAGAUCCACAUUGAAGAAGAGUCCACCAUCAGGUACUCUUGGCAAGAUGAGAUUCUGCCAGGGACUCGGAGAAAAACAAAGAGGGAUGAUGGGUCGGGAGAGACGGUUGUGAGGCCACCGGAUGUCUUAGAAGCUCCGCUGGAGGAAGACGUGGGUCGUACUCACUGGCAAGAACAAACCAGAAGCGGUGAAUUUCAUGCUGAACCCACAGUCAUCGAAAAGGAGAUUAAAAUACCACCCGAUUUCCACACGUCCAUCAAGGGGGCCUUCAAGGAGCCCCGACACCAGCUGGUGGAGGUGAUCGGGCAGCUAGAAGAAAGCCUUCCGGAGCGCGUGAAGGAGGAGCUGUCGGCCCUCACCAGAGAGGGUCAGGGCGGGCCCGAGAACAUGUCCAUUGACGUCAAGAAAGUGCACACCUCCGGCGGUAGGGCCGUGACCUUGGUUGCCGAAGUCAACCUCUCGAAAACCGUGGACGCCAAUCAGUUAGACCUGGAGGAGCUGAGCAAAGACGAAGCCGGGGAGAUCGAGAAGGCCGUGGAGUCGGUGGUACAAGACAGUUUGGCCGAGCGGCACAGCCCGGCAGCCCCCGGGAGCCCAGACAGGGAGAGCGCAGCGGAGGCCCCGGCUACUGGCCUCCGCUUCAGGCGCUGGGCCACCCAGGAACUGUACCGCCCCUCCGGUGAGGAGGACGACGCCGGCAGGGCCUCCCCCGGCACGGAGCCGGCCACGUCCCAGGGGCCCGUGUCGGCCACCGUGGAAGUCACCAGCCCGAGGGGCUUCAGCCAGUCGCACGUGCUCGAGGACGUAAGCCGGUCUGUCCAGCGCGUUCAGAUAGGCCCCACUGGGAUCUGGAGGACUGAGCACGUCUCUCACGAGGGACCCACGGCAGAGGUGGUGGAGGUGGACGUGAGUAAUGUAGAGGUGACCCCCCGCUGGACACGAGAGACCACAGUCUUCUUUCCCGCAGGGACGGAAGCGGCUGCGCCUGGCGCCCCUGACCGGGAUGCCUGGAGAGACGGGGGCAGUGGGAAGGCCUGGGUGGCUGGCGUGAGCUCUCAGGGUUCUGCUGGGGCCGGACACCAGGUCCCCGGGGAAAAGGGCAAGGAGCAGGCUGAGUUUGACAGGACGGUGCAGCUGCAGAGGGUGGUAGACCGAAGGUCGGUGAUUUCGGAUGAAAAGAAAGUGGCUCUUCUCUACCUAGACACUCAGGAGGAGGACAGUGAGGGACGCUGGUUUUGAUGAAUACUUUGUUCUCAGUGGUAUCUUACAAUCCGAGGCAACACACACACAGGCCUUUACUAAUUGGAAGGAGGGAAGCUCACUCUUGAUUAAGACGCCCCCUUUUUCUUUCUCCAAAGAAUGCUCCAGGCGAUGUCAAUUUACUCUAUAAUCUGUAAAGGUUUCAAGUUAAUUCACGCCUUUAAAGGUGUUGGGAUUUUAUUUUUGAGUUGGAACUGAAGACAAAUACGUUUUUUAUCGUUUUAGUCUCCAAAGUUCCUUUUCCUGGAGUUUUCUCUCCACUGCUAGAGACAAUUUCUACCAGUUUUGCUCCUGCUCACAGAAAUGCCUCGCAUCUGCCUAAAAUUAUAAUUAACUAUCCAUAAGGUCAGAUGCCUAUAUGGUAACAAGGUAAAAGUAAUAUAUUUACGAGUCAAUCUUACUUGCAUGUGCUAAUAUGAAAUAAAAAACUAGCAUUGAAAAGGAAAAAUGUAUACGCUUUUCUAAGUCUUCUCGAAAAGAAAUCCUAGGAAAGAAGCAGAUUGCUUCCAUUAAAAAAAAAAAAAACAAAAAAAACUCUAAAUGAUUUUUUCUUUAGGAAAAAGUUAAAUUCACUUUAAGACCUGAAUGAAUUGCUUUCUAUGUGCAGAGCUUUAAAAAAAAUAUAUAUAUAGUGUUUUAUUUAUGGAGAGAAGAGCCUCAGCCUAUGGUGAUGUUUCAAGUCCCUAAUACACUUGCUGUGUUUGCACAGGUCCCAGAACCCUGCACCAGUCCUGCGUGCGCAGGGGAAAUGAUUCUUGGGACUAGCUUCGAGUAUUUUCUUUUGCAGCACUAGGUGGUUAAGUAGCGCACGGUCUAAAUACUCUUUCUUGUUACAACCCAAGUUCUGGAGUAGCCAGCUCCUAUCAGAGUAUUCUCGAGCUUCUCUGCACCCUAGCCCUUAGCAUCUAAACGUUUAAUUUUCCUGGUGGGAGGCAGACCCCGAAGACCAUACAGAGAACGCUGAUGCUCGGAUGAGAACUUGCUUCCCAGAUGGUCGUGCAGUUAUCCCUGGAAGCACAGGGCAGACGGUGCCUCCCAAAGAAGCCCUUUCAACCCACCUCGAAAGGGGCCAAGGUCUUUCUGAGCUCAGAGACUUCGCGAUGAAAAACCACCACCAAUCUCAAGGAAGUUUUUGAGUUUUUAACAGAAAUGAUUACAGCUGGGGUGUUUUGGUCAGGGGAGUCAAUACUAAUGUUGAAUAGAAGAAGAUGUUUUAGGGGAAGAAGCUGGGCUCCCCUCUGGUUGCCCAGCAUUGAAGCACCAGGAGGGGCCCCCGGAAGGCAAAGGCCCUGCCCUCCUGGGCCACAGGAUGCUGACCUUCACAUCCAUACGGUCGUGUUUAAGACACUAGAGCGAGGGUGCUUUAUUGGGUUUGUUUUCUUUUACAUAAGGGCAUUGCUUUAAGGCUUCCAUCUUCAGAGGUAGGGCCUCAUGCAAAAAUAAUAUUUCUAGCAGCACAGUGUUAUUUUAAUCCAAGCUGGUUUCUUGCACAUAAAGUUGAACCUGUAUUUUCUCUAACACAGAAUCUCGAGCUGCCGGUAGUGAGCUGAAGAAUAACGAUCCGAGGUGACAUCAGCCUCAAGUGGGUUAUGGUGAUGGGGGUGGUGGUUAUGGCACGAGGGGGGUGGGGUCACACAGUGGCUCUCCAGCCCCCAAGACCUCCAUCUCCUCGGCCUCCAGAAAUGGCCACGGCAGAGAGUUUAGGGAGAGUGCAUUUUCUUAAUAAGCGGAGGAAAAAUGCAGCAAAGCUUUCAGGGUGAUCUGUCUUAUAAACACUGUGAAUCCGGGUGUAGACAAAGUUGACUUCCAAGUUUAAACCAUUGUUGUCAGCCAGAUGAGCCAGUAACUGUCACAAACUGGUACAGAGGUGACGGCUUUGCAAAGACUUCUCGUUUCUGAUACAGUCAAGGAUGGGCUGAUUUUCUGUUAGCCGUAGUGGGUGAUGGUGUUUGUAGAAGUGAUUUAUUGGUCAAGGUGACAGCCUACCGGUUUGAUGGCAAGACAGACUGAGGAUGGGGAGUCUGUUCUGUAAGUCCGAGUGGGCUUAGUUUUAUGUCCCUCUCCUGCCUUGUGAUCUGGUAAAUGAGUGCUGACAGAUUACUAAUAUGACCCACCUCUUUUUGGAAAAUAAGUAUCUGAGGUCUUAAUUUAUAUUUCCAUGUUAGAACAUGGAUCUUCAAGGAGUAGCCUGCCAAGAGUAUUCACGGAUAUGGACUCCCAAGCUAUCUUUGGUUGCUCAGUCUCUGGAUCACCCAGGAGCAGGGCAGGCCCUCCACACUGUGCAGAUCACCCCACAGCUCCGGGUCCUUUAAAACCAGUCGCUCUGGAGGCAAUAGAAAUCAACUUUGGGGGUGGGACAGAACCAGUAUUUACCGUUGUGGAGACAAAACCAUAUUAACAGAAUGCUUUGCACCCUCCCACUGGUGGUUUUGAUAUUGUGUGGUUUCAAGUGUAUAUUUAGGAUGGAAUCAUCGAAAAAGCUGAUCUUUCUAAGCUGUUCCCUACCGAGGGAAGUGUCACAAGAAUGUAUAAAAAUAAAAAUCUAAGAAAAAAAACCCACCUUGUUCCUGGAGAAAAUGAAUGUUUUCUAGUAGGUGUUUUUGUGCUUUCUAUUUAAGCUCUAAUUAAAACCUAUAUGU